CUUAAUGCUUAUGGCCAAUGGCCACCUUAAUCCAUUUAAUUCAUACAUUAUUUCGGGACAUAUAGUAGUUUAAGCAAGAAUCUUGUGCAAGUGCAACAACCAAGUAAACUAAGAGAAGGGGAACACGGAUGGAAUCUGAUGCAAAUGCAAACAUCUCCAGCCUCCAGUUUGUUCUAAGCUUUCUGAAACAACGUAUCAUUUACUAGAAUUUCUUUCUUUGAAUGUGAACUUGUUCCGCCAACUUUUUGUAAAACCCUUGGUGUUGAUCAAAUUCACUCCCAUUUUAUUAUCAUUACUUUUAUUUGAUCUGAUUGAUCUCUUGCAUGACAAAGAUGGCAUGUUCUCUUACAUUAUUGUUGGUCUGUCUAUGCACGGUUAAGAUUAAGGGUUAAGAUUUUCAAGUCCUUCGGUGCUUGUUACCUCAUUAUGCCAACUAGUACUAACUAACCAUAUUCUCUCUAAUGCAAUGGUAGCCAUCCUUGGAUAUAGAAAAUGGCGUGCCGGGAAAAACAAAUUGUAAUAGUGACCUUUACAAGAUGCAACCGACAGGUCGUUUUAACAGAGAAUAAAACUACAGGAAUUGGGAUAGCGACCAGCGAGUUAGGAGAAAGUACAGAGAAGCCUUUUGCCUUGCUGUCUUCUCUCCACCGUGGCAUUAGUCAUUACUAGACCUUGCAAAAGAGAGACCUGUAAAGAUCCCCCCCACUCUCUUAAGAAUUCAGGGUUUUCUUUAAAAUCUCUCUUGCUCAUCAGAUUCUCUGACUCACCGGGUCAACUCGCUCUAUCAAGCUUGCCAAAGCAUAAAAAACCAAGGAAAUCUCAUCAAGCGAGUUUCUUGCACUCUUACAUUCUGUUGUCUGCCUUAAAAGACCAAACUUCCCUAAGGUUUGUUAGUUACUUGUGAUGUUAGCUUUGUUAGUCUUUAGAUUCGUCUGAAACUGGUGAAGUUUGGUUAAAGAUUGUAGACAUGAAGAUUUGUUGUUACAUGAAUCAUGGUUAAUAAUAAUGAAUUACCUAAAGAACCCAAAAUCAUUAGAUCAAAAACGAUCAAAUCUUGAUUGCUAAUUUUAGCUUUUUCCAGCAAAAGUUAAGAACUUUGAUUUAAUAUAAGGCCUUUUCAGCUUAAUUUGUGUGGAACCCAGAAGUUAAGAUCUUUGAUUUUUUAGGGGUUUGCUGUGUAACUAGAGAGUUUAGGACUGUAAUGGCUAAACUAGGGAGGAGUGAUGUUGAUGGUAAUGAUAUGAUUGAGAAUUUGAUAGCUGAAAGGAAGUCAUUGAAGCUAAGUUUAGAGAAGUCGAAAGCUUUAGGGUUUUCUCUUGAGAAGGCUGGGCCGAGAUUAGAUGAGAUUAACCAAAGAUUGCCUUCUCUAGAGGCGGAAGUGCGCCCCAUUCGCGCGGACAAGGAAGCACUUAUUGCUGCUGGGGGUCAUAUUAACCGUGCCAUUGGCCCUGCGGCCGCGGUUCUUAAGGUUUUUGAUGCAGUUCAUGGACUGGAGAAGUUGUUAUCGGAUCCAAGGAACAAUCUUCCUGGGUAUUUGUCAGUGUUAAAGCGACUUGAGGAGGCUUUGAGGUUUCUGGGGGGUAAUUGUGGAUUAGCAAUCCAGUGGUUGGAUGAUAUAUUGGAGUAUUUGGAGGACAAUGUUAUGGCAGAUGAGCAGCAUCUUUUGAAUUUGAAGAAGUCAUUGAAGGGUCUUAGGGAAUCGAAAAGUGAUGAUGAACGAGCUCGUCUUGAUGGCGGGCUUUUAAAUGCUGCGUUGGAUAAAUUGGAAGGUGAGCUUCGGCGGCUUUUGACAGAACAUAGUGUGCCAUUGCCAAUGUCAUCAUCUCCGGAUCUUGGUGAACAGGCAGUCAUUGCACCAUCACUAUUACCUGUGUCUGUUAUACACAAGUUGCAAGCCAUUCUUGGGAGGUUGAGAACUAAUAAUAGACUUGAAAAGUGCAUGUCAAUAUAUGUUGAAGUUCGUAGUUCGAAUGUUAGAGCUAGUCUGCAGGCGCUGGAUUUGGAUUACCUUGUGAUCUCAAUAGCUGAAUUCAAUGAUGUGCAGAGCAUAGAAGGGUAUAUAGCUCAGUGGGGCAAGCAUUUGGAGUUUGCAGUGAAGCACCUGUUUGAAGCGGAGUACAAGCUUUGUAACGAUGUUUUUGAGAGGAUUGGCUUGGAUGUUUGGAUGGGAUGCUUUUCCAAAAUAGCUGCCCAGACUGGCAUUCUUGCGUUUCUUCAAUUUGGGAAGACUGUUACAGAAAGUAAGAAAGAUCCAAUCAAGCUUCUGAAAUUGUUGGAUAUACUUGCGACACUGAACAAAUUAAGGCUGGAUUUUAACAGGCUUUUUGGCGGAGAAGCCUGUAUUGAAAUCCAAAAUCUCACACGGGAUCUCAUUAAGAGGGUGAUUGAUGGGGCAGCUGAGAUUUUCUGGGAACUUCUUGUUCAGGUGGAGUUGCAGAGGCAGUUUCCACCUCCCCCAGAUGGGUACGUCCCUAUACUGGUGAGCAUCAUUACUGAUUACUGUAAUAAGCUGCUUGGGGAUAAUUAUAAGCCUAUCCUGAACCAGGUUCUGCUCACUCAUCGAAGUUGGAAGCACGAGAAGUUUCAGGAGAGGAUUCUUGUUAGUGAGGUUUUGAACAUAGUUAAAGCCAUUGAGCUCAAUCUGGAGACAUGGACAAAGGCUUAUGAAGAUUCUAUCCUAUCUAACCUUUUUGCCAUGAACAAUCACUAUCAUUUAUACAAGCAUUUGAAGGGAACAAAGGUUGGGGAUCUCUUAGGGGAUUCUUGGUUUAGAGAACAUGAACAGUACAAAGACUAUUAUGCGGCAAUAUUCUUGCGAGAUAGUUGGGGGAAGCUUCCAGGUCAUUUAAGUCGUGAAGGCCUGAUUCUGUUCUCAGGUGGGCGUGCCACUGCACGUGAUCUUGUCAAGAAAAGGCUGAAAAAUUUCAACGAAGCUUUCGAUGAAAUGUAUAAGAGGCAGUCCAGCUGGGUUGUGCCAGAUAGAGAUCUCAGGGAUAAGAUAUGCCAGCAGAUUGUGCAGGCAGUUGUACCUGUUUAUCGGAGCUAUAUGCAGAGCUAUGGGCCCUUGGUUGAGCUAGAUGGAAGUUCCAGUAAAUAUGCAAAAUACUCGGUGCAGACUCUGGUGCAAAUGCUGAGCUCACUAUUUCUGCCAAAGCCAGGAAGAUAUGCAAGUUUCAAGGGCAGACAACUUAGUGCCAAAUUCAACAAUGGUGUUGCAGAUCUUCGCCGUACAACCUCUGCGGUGGUGUGAUUUUCCUGCUAUUAUUGCUUUACGUUGGUUAAGAUGAAAGACCAUUGUCUGAAUUUUCCCAGUGAGAUCGAAAUUUCAGAAGCUGUUUAAAUGCAAAGCAAACGGAGUGCUAUAUCUAGUGCCUGGUAGGUUCUGCAAUCUCGAGGAAGUCCUGGACACUAGGAUUAAAGCGAAGAUGUGCCUUUUUGAAAGCGUAGAUAAUACUUUGAGGUAUAGAUUGUCAUUUUACUUUCUUUUUCACUCUCAUUUAUUCAAAUAGCGGGCGGCUGUAGAAACCUUGUAUUUGCUAGAUUUGUGUACAAUUCUUUGAUUGAAGAGCAAUUAGAGGUCUAGCAGGAAUUAAAUUGUUUACUUGUAUUCUGAGAAGGGCAUAAAUGUUUGUGUGGAGAAUUUAUGGAUGAUAAUUCUAUGCAAUUGCUGGUGUUAGAAGUUAACUUACA